AUGCCGUCAAAGCUCCCAAUCAACUCGAAAAUCCUCAUCGUUGGUGGUGGUACAUUUGGACUAUCAACAGCGUUGUGGUUGUUGAGAAGUGGUUACCGCAAUGUUGUUGUUAUUGACGCUUUUGAAAUUCCGUCUGAUAUCUCAGCUGCAAAUGACGUGAACAAGAUCAUACAAACCUCAUACGCAGAUGCAUUCCACUAUAAUCUUGCACUCGGGGCAUUGGAACUUUGGAAGAACGACCAUGUGUUUAAACCAAAUUUCCAUGAAGUUGGCAUCGUCUACGCCAGCACUUCACUAGAAGCAUCUGAAGAAGUGAAAGAGAUUGACCGUCAAAGAAUAUCACUGGGAAAGUCCCCAUUGGUUCCUCUGACAUCGAAGAAUGAGUUCUUGAAAGUUGCGCCACAACUGACAGGUGAGCUGUCAGGUUGGAGCGGAGGGUUCCAGCAAGAUGAAUGUGGUUGGGCUCACGCAAGGAACUGUCUGAUCCAAUGUGCCGACGAGGUGCGUAACCUUGGUGGUGAGAUCUUGGUUGGUAAAGCCAACGGAUUAGUCAUUGAAGAUGGUGUGGUAAAAGGUUGCACUACAGAAGAAGGUACUGUGUACCUUGCUGAAAAGACUGUUGUUGCUUCAGGUGCAUCUUCUAUUGGUAUCUUGGACUUUGAAGAUCAGAUGUUGGCUAAAUGUUGGACAUUUGCACACAUCAAGCUCAGCAGCGAAGAAGCUCAGAAGUUCAAGAAUAUGCCUGUGAUUCUGAAUAUGGACCAAGGAUUCUUCUUCGAGCCUGAUACUAACAAUGAAAUCAAGAUAUGCAACGAAACACCUGGUUUCACAAACUACGUUGAUUCGAAGAAGAAUCCACAAUCUUCUGUGCCAAUAUCGAGAGAUUCUAUCCCAAAGGAAUGUGAAGAUGCCAUCAGAAAGAUCUUUUCGCAGACUUUACCAGAGUUCGCAGAUAGAGAGUUCGUGAAGAAGAAGAUCUGCUGGUGUACCGAUACACCUGAUAGGUCAUUUUUAAUCAGCGAACAUCCAGAUUAUAAGAAUGGCUCUUUAGUAUUAGCUACAGGUGAUUCUGGGCAUGGGUUCAAGUUUAUGCCAAUUGUUGGUAAAUACGUCUCGGAACUGGUCAUUAACGGCUGUUUAUCAGACGAGGAUAAGUCUCAGAAGUGGAAGUGGAGACCUGAAACUACCAAGAACAGAAUUCAAGAUAGACUAGGAGGCACAGGUACUGUUCAGGAUUUGAAAGACAUCUCUGACUGGAUUUGA